UGAUUUGGCUAGUAAAAAACUUCAUGGUAGUUGAGUUAACUGGUAGUUGGUUGGGAGAUUUGUGAUGGCCGUGUGUUGUCGUGUUUCUAUGAGAAACACAGUUACAAAAUCCUUCAAAAAAAUAAAUAGUUUAUAAUGUAUCCCCUAUUUCAUACACGGACAAUAAUCGCUGUACGGUCCAGCAUAUCCAAACAUGGAUAUAAUUGUUGGACAUGGUGCAGUCACAUGAAUCGGUUGGAGAAUAUUGCCCCACUUUAUUCAAGUACUAGAAAAAUCCAAUCAGUUUCAAGACCUACAGAUCCUGUGUUCAUGAGUUACCAUAUUAUAAGUCCUUUGUACAUGCAAAAUAGAAAUUUUUAUGUUACUCCUAUCUGGAAUGGACAAGAGCACUCCUCGAAGGUUGAAGAGACCGUUAAAAACAUUAAAGAACAAAAAGAACAAUUGGAGAAAGAGAAACAAGCAGUUAGCACAAGCGCAGUAGCAGAAGCUCCCACAAAAGCAGUUGUCGAAAAACGCACUAUUUGGCAAAAAGUGAAGGCUGAGAUGCUGCAUUAUUAUCAUGGGUUUAGAUUAUUGGGUCUAGAUAUGAAAGUAUCUGCAAAAUUAAUAUGGCGUAUCUUAAAUGGGAAAGAUUUGAGCAGAAGAGAACACAGACUGCUAAUCAAAACUACAGGCGAUGUAUUCAGACUGAUACCAUUUUCCGUGUUUAUAAUUGUUCCAUUUAUGGAACUCCUACUGCCAGUAGCCAUCAAACUAUUCCCAGGACUUUUACCAUCCACGUUUCAAACAGCAACUGAAAAAGAAGAUAAACUUAAACAAGCUUUAAAGGUAAAAUUGGAGGUAGCAAAAUUCCUGCAGAAGACACUAGAUGAUAUGGCUGUACAGUCAUCGGAUAGGAUGUCACAUAAAGCUAAAGAGUUCAGCGACUUUUUCUACAAAAUUAGAACGACUGGCAAUGUUGCAACAAACGAUGAAAUAAUGAAGUUUAGUAAACUUUUCGAAGACGAAAUCACAUUAGAUUCUCUAUCUCGGCCGCAGUUGAUUGCACUAUGCAGAGUAGUAGAUGUUCAAACUUUGGGGACUACCAAUUUCCUCAGAUUCCAAUUGAGAAUGAAGUUAAGAAGUUUGGCAGCCGACGACAGGCUGAUUGAGAAAGAAGGCGUCGAAUCCCUGACGAGAACAGAAUUGCAGCAGGCGUGUAGAGCUCGAGGUAUGAGGGCCUAUGGAAUGCCGGAAGGAAGAUUGAGGGACCAAUUAAGGCAAUGGUUGGACCUGAGUCUUAGUGAAAAAGUUCCUCCAACUCUCCUGCUUCUAUCCCGAGCUCUGAUGGUCCCUGAAACUAUUCCUACUUCUGAUAAACUAAAAGCCACUAUAUCAGCUCUACCCGACACUGUGGUAGCUCGUACAAAGGGUGCCAUCAGUGAAAAGGAGGGCAAAGUUGAUCACCGAACAAACAUUGAAAUCAUCAAAGAAGAGGAACGCCGAAUUGAAGAAGAACGUCAAGAAAGAAGGGAGGAGAGAGUUCCUGAACCAUCCACCAUCGAUCUUAGUCUGCAUAAUAAAGACGAAAUCACUACUAAAGAUGUCAAGGUCUUGGAACAGGCCUUGGAUAAUCUAGGAAAGGAGAAGAAAAUGGCAGUUGAAAAGGAAGAAAUCAAGGAACUGAAGGAAGAGAUGGCAGAAUAUCAAGAGGACAUCCAGGAAUUGUAUCAAAUGAAAGCACAAGCUAAGGGUGAAGCAGACAUCGACGGGUUGAAAGUAUCAAAGGGAGCCAAACGUUUGUUUACCAAGGUUAAUAAAAUGAUCAACAAGAUGGAUGCUGUAUUAGCAGAACUUGAACAAUCGGAGAAGCAAAUGAAAGAAAAAAUUGAAGCUCUUAGUUCUGAGGAAAAAACAGACUCUCAGGCUGCAGCUGAACUUGUGAAGAUAGAUGAGCUUAUCGCAGCUAUAAAAAAGAUCCAAAACGUUCCCGAUGAAUCUAGAUUGAAUAGAAUGGCAGAGAUCCUUGGAAGGAUCGAUGAUGACAGGGACGGUGCCAUUAAAAUCGAAGAUGUUCUCAAGGUUGUGGAAUUGAUAGGACAAGAAGAUGUGAAACUCAGCAAAAAACAAGUGGAUGAGCUCCUCGAACUCAUGGACAAGGAAGAGGUACUAGAAGUUGAGGAACAGAUCCAAAAAGCAUUGAAAAAAAUAGGAAAAGAAGAAAAGGAAGCUCUUGCAGAGGUAAAAGUGAUAGAUGAAAAAGAUGAUACUUCACCUAAGACGUCCCAACCACAACCGAGUGAAACUGAACGGACAACCGAAUUUUCAAGUACGAAGCCGCAAGAGAACAAGGGCACAAUAUCUACUGAAGACAGAAGUCACGUGGCUCAGCAACCGACAGGUGGAAAACCAGCGAAUUCAGAUAUCGUCAGAGAUCCUACAGUGACGUCGGUCACAUCCAGUGUACCUCCAGCACCAAAAAAAGCUGAAGGUUCAAAACAACUGUGAUUUUGUAGGGUUGAAUGCAACCAGAAACAUUGACUUAUUCACAUCCUAAUCAAAGACAGAUGAAAUGAAUCAGAAAAUAUUGCUAGUGGUUUCAUUGAAAUGUUUGGUAUCCGUCGACCUGUUGCGUCUCAAAACCAGUGUGACAGUUAGCUAAAUGGAAAAUUAUGGGAAUCGAUAUAACACAAUAUGAAAGUUACUGCCUCCCCAUUGCAAGUGGUUGAAAAAUAUCUUCGAAUUCCACGUUUACAAUAUCGUGCAUUUCUUUAUAUUCUAUAAUAUGGAAUGGUGCUUCUAACGUCCGUUUCGUGUGAAUUCUAAACGAGGACAUUGCAUUCUACACAUAAUUACUUAUAAUUCAUGAAUACAAUAUAGUAACUUAGCAUAAUCGAAAGAGGGGUAAUAUUAUUAUGGUAAUUACUACUCUUUAUCUAAGUGACAAUAUGCAUGCGCUGGCCACAAUCAUGUGUCGCUUAUUGUUAACUGAAUAAUUUUCAUUUCGAAUAACAAAAGUCUUAUUAUCUCAUCCAAUAACCGAGGUAUCAUUCCAUGUGAUCGAAAUCCAGUCAUCGCCGCGAACACUCAUAAAUGUUUUCUCUAUCCAGUUUUAGCCAUUAGAAACUACACAACCCACACAAGCGCCCCCGUGUAUGGAACAUGGUGCAAAAUGUGAUGAAUGAUAUAGAUGCAAGUAUAUGUUGUAUAGGCAUACUGGUAUGUGCGUAUGUAUGCAUUCAUCUAUUCAUGAAAUAUGAAAUACGAAAAUGAAAUAAUUGUUAAUCAAUUCAAGAUUGUACCGUUGUUAUAUUAAAACGAAGUAAUUCAACAAAGAUUCUAUAUUUUCAUUAUUUGGCUUUAGUAUUUAUUUUUAUUUUUAUUUUUUUUUCACAACUACAUCUACUUUGCUACUUGGAUACCUAAUAUACUUUUUCAUCGUAAGGUUGUUAAGUUAUAAUGUAUAGCUGUAGCUCCUGGACAGUAUUUGAUGAGGUUGACGAACUCUUGAGACGUAAGAAAAAAACAUUAUAAAUUGAAAAUAGACCUGAGCGUCAUAAUAUUAUAUAGUUAUGUAUAUAAAUAUUUCCUGACGCUAAUGUAUUUAUGUAAAUCCAAAAAUAUAAGAAAUAUACGUCUAUAACAUCUGCA